AUGGCAUCCGAGGCAGUCCGUCAAGCCAUCAUUGACAGCCUAUUCUCUCCCGAAGCUGGAGGUGCCGCCGAGAAGUUGCUUAUCCAUCUCAAGGUCUUUGAAGAUGUAAAACAUACCGAUUCCGGUGGACGAGGCAACGGCACUCCCCAAAUCGUUGGCAAACCUCGAUAUCUCUGUCUAACACAAAAACGCAACAAGAUCCGGUUAUACAAGACCAAACGCAACCAGAAUGGAGCAUUCACCAUUGGGAAAACGUGGUCUCUUGAGGAUAUUAAGCUGAUUGAAUCAAUGGAUGCCAACCAAUUUUCGAUGACAUUGAAUAAGCAAUAUGUAUGGGCUGUUGAAUGGCCACGAGAGAAACUCGUCUUUUUGGCACACGUGGUAGAUUCAUGCCAACGAUUCCUCGGCAAAGUUCCUCGCCUGGUCAACCUUGAUGAGAGCUAUUUAUUGCGUUAUUUGGCGGGAUCCGUUUCAGCAGUACCAUCCAAGCCUAGUGCUACGUCAAUGACACCUUCAUCACCUUCAUCCACCAUUCCUCCCAGUAUUCCACCACCAAGCUCACCACCUACCAAUCAUCAUGAAAACGAUACACGAUCCUAUUCGUCAUCAUCUCAACAGUAUCCACCAUCAGCUGAACGUUCUUAUCCACCACCUUCUUCUCCAUCAUCCACUCGAUCGCCACCAUUACAACCACCAGCUGCGCUUGAGCAGCAACGAAGUAGCAACCAUAACAUCACACUUGGAUCUCCACCAGGUGCAAGAACGGUGGAACCUAAUGUAAACACCACUGAGGAAACAGCAGCAACAGCAGCAGCAGCAACAAGAUACCCAGAUCAUUCACAACCACCCGUUAAUGGUGAGACAACAGAAAGGGAACGUCGUGAACAAGAACGUCUUCAACGUGAGAUGCGCCGUGAACGUGAAAAGAGAGAUAAACAAGCGCAACAGGAACAAGAAAAACAACGCAAAAUGGCUGAGAUGCAGGAUAAGAUGGCUGAACAAGCGUCGUUGAUGAAUGUGGAAGAGCUUUUAGCGGAUUUCAAUUGGAAAACGAGUGGUAAUGCUGCAGCAUUGGAGAAACGACUUUUGGGAGAGUUGCAUGCGCUGGAAGCAGCCAAUGUACAUGCCAUUAUUCAAUCGGAUGAGCGUGUUCGUUCUGUGGUGGAUCAAAUCGAUGAAGCAUUGCAGGAAUUGGAUACCAUGGACAAUUGGUUGUUAUUGUAUAGCGCCGAAUUGAAUAGUAUGGGCGAUGAUAUCCGUGAAAUCGAAUCCCAGAAUCGUGGUCUACAGAUCCUUGCGCAAAAUCAACAAAAGCUUAGCCGUGACCUGGAUUACUUGCUGAAUGCCAUCACCAUUCCUCGUUCCUGCUUAGACAGUCUCAAGUAUGAUCCAAUGGACACUGCUGAGAAUGUGGGUCAAAUUCAAGCAGCGGCAGAAAAGUUGCAACAAGUUCUCAAGAUCAAGUUGGAUGAUGGAAUGCAAAACAUGCGGGCAGUGCAAGAACGUAUGGAAGUGUACAAUGCACACAGCAACAAAUUCAGCAGCCGUAUCUAUGAUCAUAUGAAGCAAGAAUUUGAAAAGCACGCUCAGAAUUAUGGAGAUAUGAGAAAUCGUUCGCCAGCCAACUCAUCCCGCAAAAAUCAACCCAUUGUCGCUGUGCCUCACAAGUCGAUCGAAGACAGCCUUAUCCGCUAUCAAGGAUUUUCAUUAUGGGAAAAGGAAAUGGAGCCACGUAUGUAUAGUGAACUUCAACGGCAUUAUGCACAAGCUAUGGCCCCCUUGUACGAACAAGAUAUACGUGAGCUCCUUGAUGCCACUCGACCCUCGUAUACGAUCCUACGUAACCGUGGAGCUGAUGAUUUGGAUUAUAUCUUUAAGCCUGAAGAAUCACGUCCUGUACGAGCAUUGGCGUAUGGUGCCAACCUUAGAAGUGAGGACUCGAGAACACAUCGGUACCGUCAUAUGCUUCGAGGAUCUGUGGAAGGUGUCAUCGGCAAUGGAGGUAGCCGUGGUAGCAUCGAUGAUGACGAGCGGGCUGCAGAUGAUGCUUUUGGUCAGCUCAUUGCACAAACAACCAUGCUUGUAUGCCGAGAACAGAACUUCAUGUGCGAUUUGUUCCAAUACUAUCAAGGUGCACCCAAAUCCUUUUUGGAACGUGGCCCAGUGUAUGCUCAAGUGCCCAAUUCAAACGAAUUGUGUGGUCGACGAGAAAAGCCACGUGAUAUCAAAAUGUCCAAGAAAAUACUUGAUUGGAUGGAGAACAUAUUUGAGACGCUUGAACCAAGCAUUGUCAGCCUUAUCGAAUAUGGCGUAAAGAGUGAUCCAACGCAAGCGAUAAGUAUGUUGGCAGCCGUUGAAUUCCAGAAUGACAAGUGGGCGGGAUCAGAUCAAAAAUUCAUGUUACGCAUGUGCAAUUCAUUGAUGCAACGAUUGACUCGGAUGUUUGAACGUUUUGUGGCCGACCAAUUGAAAGUCAUUGAGGACACCAAAGUGAGCACCAAGAAACGGCGUGGUAUUCUACCAUUCUUUCGCACAUUCCCUGUAUUUGCAUUACGAUUGGAAGUGGCAGCUGCCAAUGUGGAUCCGGAUUCUCAAACGCGAAAGACUGUGAACGAUGCCUAUGAGAAAAUCAUCAACACCAUGAUGUCGAGCUUGGAUUCUAUUGCUCGUGAAACCGAUCAAACCGGCGAUGAUAAGGAACAACUGAAUGCAAACAUCAUGUAUAUUGAAAACAUGCAUCAUUUCCACCAUGAGCUGCGCUCAAACAAAUUGCAUGUGCUUGAGAAAUGGAUGAAGUAUGCAAAGAACCAGUAUGAGACGAGCUUGAACUCUUACAUCAAGGUGGUGAUUCGACGACCGUUGGGCAAGCUACUUGAAUUCUUUGAAGGAGUGGAGAAUCUCAUGCACACAAGUACCCCAGAAGAAGUGCAAUUCCACAUGAACUACAACAAGACCCAACUUCGUAAAGUAAUAAGCAUGUAUCCUCCCAAGGAGAUUAAGAAAUCUUUGGAGCAAUUAUACAGGCGAGUUGACAAGCACUUUUCUGAAGAGGAGGGUCUUUUACAAGUGGUUUGGCGUGGUAUUCAAGAAGAAUUUAUUCGACAGCACGAAAAGAUGGAAGACUUGAUCCAAAAGUGUUAUCCGGAUGCACGUGUCCACUUGGAGUUCAGCAUACAAGACCUUUUAGGCAUGAUGAGCGAGCUGGCACGCAAGGUGCAUGUGUAA